UAACCGCUCAUUCCUCGUCCUUUAAUAAAGACUGCACACACUAGUCUUCCGUCUUUCACGUCAAACAUGGCUCACAAGAUCUUGCUCAUCGGCGGUCACGGCAAGGUGUCACAGCUUCUGACUCCUCUUCUACUUGCGCGAUCCUGGAGCGUCACAAGUAUGAUUCGCUCGCCGGAGCAGAAAGCCACCAUCGAACAGCUAGGGCAAGGGCAGCCAGGAAAGUUGGAUGUCUUGAUUAGUAGCGUGGAAGAUGUGAAGAGCAAAGGGGACGCACAGAAGAUCCUCGACCAAGUGAAGCCAGACUGGGUUGUCUGGAGCGCUGGCGCUGGAGGACGUGGAGGUGCUCCGCGUACAAUGGCCAUCGACCGCGAUGCCGCUAUCUCCUUUACGAAAGCCAGCAUCCACACGCCCAGCAUUAAGAAGUUCCUCACCGUCUCCUACAUUUCAUCGCGCCGCAGCCGGCCUUCUUGGUGGUCCGACCAAGACUGGGAGUUGGCUCAGAAAGUCAAUAACGAGAUCCUGCCUACGUACUAUAAUGCCAAGGUCGCUGCCGACGAAGUCCUCACAGUGCUCGCGAAAGAGCGGUUCGACGAUGAAGCGAAGAAGGGUAUUCCGGAAAAGGAGAGGUUCUGUGGCAUUAGCUUAAGGCCCGGAACUCUGACUACAGAGAAGGCAGGCGGAGUUAUGAUGGGGAAGAUUACAUGCCAAGGGAAGGUUAGCCGUGAGACUGUUGCGCAGGCAAUAGCUGUGGUAUUGGAGACUGAAGGCGCGAGGGGCUGGGUCGAUAUGCUGGACGGAGACGAGGAUGUGGAUGCAGCGGUUAAGAGGCUAGUCAAGGAUGGUGUGGAUAGCGUGGAGGGUGAGGACUUUGAGGCCAUGAAGGACGGAGCCUCGAAGCUAUAAAGAUCACCUC